GUUUCCCAAAUAUCUGCUCUCGCGGACAGCUCAGCCUCAGUAAUGUCACCUCACUGAGAUUAGCUUAGCUGCAGCUCCGUAUUUUAACAACAGUAGCAUUAAAUAUGGUAUAAAAAGCAGGAAACGAUGAAUCUCCGUGGAUUCUUUCAGGAUUUCAAUCCGAGUAAAUUCCUGAUCUAUGCGUGUCUGCUGCUGUUCUCGGUGCUGCUGUCCUUACGCCUGGACAGAGAUAUCGAGUGGAGUUACUGGGCCGUGUUCGCACCCAUCUGGCUCUGGAAGCUGAUGGUCAUCAUCGGGGCGUCGGUGGGCACCGGGGUGUGGGCUCACAACCCUCAGUACAGGGCCGAGGGUGAGACCUGCGUGGAAUUCAAGGCCAUGCUGAUCGCUGUGGGGAUCCAUCUCCUCCUCCUGACGUUUGAGGUUCUGGUGUGUGACCGUGUGGAGAGAGGGAAACACUUCUGGCUGCUGGUCUUCAUGCCGCUGUUCUUCGUCUCGCCCGUCUCCGUAGCUGCAUGUGUGUGGGGCUUCAGGCACGACCGCUCACUGGAGCUGGAGAUCCUGUGCUCGGUAAACAUACUGCAGUUCAUCUUCAUCGCACUGCGGCUGGAUAAAAUCAUCAACUGGCCGUGGCUGGUGGUCUGUGUACCGCUGUGGAUCCUCAUGUCCUUCCUGUGUCUGGUGGUGCUUUAUUACAUCGUCUGGUCUGUGCUGUUCCUGCGCUCGAUGGACGUGAUCGCAGAGCAGCGGCGCACACACAUCACCAUGGCCAUCAGCUGGAUGGCUAUAGUUGUGCCCCUGCUGACUUUUGAGAUCCUCCUCGUACACAAGUUAGAUGGUCAUUACGAGUCCAAGUUUGUGCCGGUGUUCGUGCCACUCUGGAUCUCCCUGGUGACGCUGAUGGCAACUACGUUCGGCCAAAAAGGAGGCAAUCACUGGUGGUUCGGCAUUCGUAAGGACUUCUGCCAGUUCCUGCUGGAACUCUUUCCUUUCCUGCGGGAGUAUGGGAACAUCUCCUACGACCUGCAGCAUGAAGACUCGGAGGUGUCCGAAGAGCUUCCUGCCCACGAGCCGCCUAAAAUCGUGCCUAUGUUCCGCAAGAAAACGGGCGUCGUCAUCACGCAGAGUCCUGGGAAGUACUUCGUGCCACCGCCCAAAUUAUGCAUCGACAUGCCGGAUUAAAAAUGAACUCGGAAUUCCUUGAACAGGGAGCGAGAGGAGCGUAGCGCCAUGGACCAGAGUUCACUUUGGGUCAGCAGGGGAACACCGGAAGUGAGUGAGACGGGCCAGUCAGAAACAAAAUCCAAAACAUUUUAGACCGUCUCAGCUCCUGUUUGCUGAAAACUUUUUUAUUUUAUUUAUUUUUUUGUUACAGAAAACUGCUGAGAUGGUUUUCAGGAAUGAAGGGGCAGGUAGUGAGCAUGGCUUGCUGUUUGCCCCUCCUCCCCCCUGGAUCUUUUCCACACUCCUGCGUUCUCAUCACUCCUUUAACACUCCCUGUAGUUUUCCCCAAGUAAGGCGUGUACAAUGUGGAGAAAGUUCUGUAGCUAAGCCAAAGAACAUUAGAUGGUUUAUAUAAAGCUGGAGUAAACGUCCAAUGCUGCCAUAUUUGUUCCAGCAGUACAUGUUCCAUGUGUUUUGUUUUGUAUUAUUUGUCCAAGUAUGACAGCAGCGAACAAUUAUUUUAUUUUCACCAUCACUUUGUUUGUAGAUGAUCAUUGUUUACUAGAACACCUCGAGGACACUGACUCACCAACACACAGCUCAUGUUUAUGUUUGUGUUAUUCUCGCUUGUCGACACGUUUCCUGUUUUAUUAGACAAAAAUAAGCCGUUCUGAAGUAGCUCUAUUUAAUACCAUCUUCUAUUCGAGCAAUCACACGCUAGGCUUGUGCAAUAUAGAUCUUUCCCUCGUCAUGAUUUACCGUUACGUUUAAUCAUCCAGAACCUAAAAAAGACUGGAAAACAAACAUUUAAAACAAUCAGGAUAAACGAUUUGAUGAUGUCAGGUGUAAGGAGAGUGGGGAGGAGUGAUCAUAUCACUAGCUGUGGAGUCGGGAACUGCUGACCAGGCAGAGCCAAUCACGUAAACUCAGCCGGGUGGUGGAUUUACAGUAAAAAAAAAAAAAAGAGAAAUAUAAGCGUACACUUUGGAUAUAAUCCCUGUAUAAACAGGUGUGUAAAGUCCAUAUGGCCGAUGUUUUCGUUGCUGAUCUGCUGCUCGACGUUCGAACGCGUCUGAGAGAGCGAAACAAACCCACUCGUUUUUAAUCCUCAUCACCAGUGUUAGAUCGGACGCUUCGCUGUAGAAAUAUUUCAUCUCUUUAAAACAGUUUAAACAUUUUGACCACUUUUGGACAGUUUUUCUUUUCCAGUGCCAUCCCUAAUAAAUACAGUAACUCAUGUUAAGUAUGUACAGGCUUGUAAUGUUCGCUAAGUGGAAGACACACCGAUAGAUUAUCUUUCACAUUCAUGAACUCAAAACAGUUUACUGAGACAGAAAGCGAGAGCAUGCGAGAUGGUGGAAGGGGGCGGGGCUUCCAGGCGCGGGGUUACUGUUACCCCAACCAAAAUGUAUAAUUGCAGUGUGUUAUUCCGCUUAUAUUUGUCCAGGAGACAAGUUAGUUCCUGUUCUCACUUAUGCUAUAGCAGCUAUAAACAGCCAAUCCCUCAUCAGUCUCAGUCUCUCUCUCUCUCUCUCUCUCUCUCUC